UCCUAACUUCACUACUCUGGACAGACCAACUCUCAAUAUACUUGUCCAAAUCUCACAGGAUCUUCGCCCGCCAUGAUGUUUCGAAGAAUCCGACCAGUUGCCAGCCGGUUGGGCCAAUUCCGCUGUCAGUCCUCCACCACCUCCCACGAGCAGUCCAAGUUCUUGGAGGAGUACAAGAUCCGAACCAUGCUCGAGAGACCCAUCUACUACUACGCCAACAAAGACCUCCCCAAGUUCUCGAUGCAGAGGCUCUACCAGCAGUCGGAGCGCUUAUCGGAGGAGUUCAUCAUCAACAACGCCCAGGGAACCGUGGAGCACUUGCUCGCAUAUAACGCCCGCAGACUCAAGGAGUUCCGCAACUUGCCCUACUUGGUGGUGCUCAACCCGUCGAUUUCCGAGUCAUACAACACCUACCUCCAGACAAUGUCAUCGUUGAUCACGGCGUCGUUGGACCCGCCCAAGAACUUGGACGAAAACCAGUCCUUCACGCAGACUGUGCUCGAGGAAUUCAUAGACGUGCAUGCAGACACGCUUCCCAGUCUCUCCAAGGGUUUCCAGGAGGUGUCCCACUUGUUGAGCGUGCUGCAGAUCAAGGACUUCUUGGACAAGCACCUCAAGGAGCGCAUCAGUAUGCGCCUCAUUGCCCACCAGCACAUCAAGUUGUCGGAGUCGCUAGCGGGCAAAUUUGUCCAGGGAGGCCGCUACAAUGGGGUAAUCAAGCAGCUCAACAUCCCCGAUGUCAUCAGGAAGAACGCAGAGCUCGUCAACGACAUCUGCUUAAUGAAGUACGACCAGAGCGUGCCCAUCAAGAUCGACCAUAACUUAUACCCCAAGAAUUACUGGAGUCAACAGGAGCCCGAUUACAAGAAGGACGACGGCGAUGUGCUUCAUUUCCCCUACAUCGAGUACCACUUGGACUACAUUCUUACCGAGGUGUUCAAGAACUCGUUCAGGGCCCACAUCGAAAACAAGGUCGAGGACCCCGUCCAGAUCACGAUUUCCACCUCAGCAGAACCAUCCUUCCUUGAGCUCAGGAUCCGUGACAAGGGUAAGGGAAUUCAACCGAAGGUAUUGCUGCAAAUCUUUGACUACUCAUUCAGUACGUUCGAGUCUGGCGAGGGCGAGAGCUACAAGACUUUGAACGUUCCACCAGGAGUAGGAGGAAACGUGGUGGCUGGUAUGGGGUACGGGUUACCGCUUCUGAAGAACUACGUAGAGAUUUUCAACGACACCAUUCCUGACGAAAACGGGAUUUUGCCCGACACCAAGGGCCUGUUGACCAUCCAGAGCUACUAUGGAUGGGGUACGGAUAUAUACUUGAAAACAGUGGGGAACUGAUAGACAACGUCCUCCCUAAAGACAAGAGGACUGAUAGAGAGACUAGAGUCAAUGACUCUAUUCCAUAGAUAAAAUGCCAUUAGACACUUCUCUAUCUUAGAGAUGGACUGUAGUGACUAGGUAACAUCCUUUCGGAACUACAAUAUUGGAUAAAAUCGUGAAAUAUUUACAAUUUCGGUGACUGAUUCCAAAUAAAAGCUCUUCUCAUCCAAAACCAGAAUUAAUACGUUUUGAUCUCACUAUCUUUACUGCCUGGUGAAACUUUAUAUAGAUGCCCAGAACCAAUGCGAGGCAAGA